CUCAACACCUCUCCCCUUCAGCCCCUUACAUCAUCAGCCCCUCCUAAGUCCUCCAUAUCAUCACCUCCCCCUUGUCCGUGCUCACAGUUGAACCUCAGACCCUUCCACAUCCCUCCCCUUACCUCGACUCGUCUCAACACCUCUCCCUUACAGCCCCUUACAUCAUCAGCCCCUUCUAAGCCCUCUAUAUCAUCACCUCCCCCUUGUCCGUGCUCCCAGUUGAACAUCAGACCCUCCCACAUCCUCCCUCUCAACCUGUAUUCAUCUCUACACAUCCCACACAUAAGUUCAAGCCUUUCAGCAUCUCUCAGUCUCGUCAUCUCAGUUUCUAUCUUCUGUUUGUGUUCCGAGAUUCACUUCAAAUAAUUUCCGUCACCUCUUGCAUCAUUUUCCUCAACCUUAACUCAUCUCAACACCUCCCAUUCAUAAGGUCAAGCCCCUCAGCAUCUCUACACUCACUCUAUCCUCUGUUUGUGUUCCGAGACUCACUUCAAAUCCUUCUCUUUAUCUCUUACAUUCUUUUUUGUAACCUAAACACAUUUCACCAUCUUCUAAGUGCUUUAAAAUCCCUUCUAUAUUAAUUUUUCUCCCCAGUUUCUCCUCUCAGACUAAUCUUAAACCCUUCUACUAUAUCAUCUUCUUCACUUUACCUUUAACACCUCCCAUUAUCUCCCCAUCACCUCCUCCCUAUUGUCAGUGCUUCCAGACAAAUUUCACCCCUCUCCCCAUCUCCCCACACUGCUUCACACAUCCCCCUAAUCACCCCUGACCUGACCUGAUCCCUGUUCCUAUCUACCCCACUCCACCAUCCCUCUCAGCACCCCACUCAUCCACUCCACUCCUUUUUAAACUACCACCGUACCACAUUCCAUCACCCCCUCUCAUUUCUACCCUAUUCCACUACCUUAUUUGCCCCCACUCCAUCCCUUAUCAAUACCCCACUUCACCCCAAUCUUUUUUAACUAUCUCUAUCCCAUUCCGUUACUCCCACUUCACUCCGUUCAUCCCCAUAUAGACAAAUCCACCCCUGCAUAUACCCCUCUGCACCCACCCCCCACCCCCAUCACCACCGCCACCAUGCCUGCACCUAUGCCUGUGGGGGGCCUCACCAUGGCCUCCUUCGCCCUCACUGCCGCGGUCAUCGGCAAUGCAUACUACCAGAAGCGACAGUUUUACCCAUCGGUCGUGUACAUCACAAAGUCCAACCCCAGCAUGGCGGCCAUCUACCUGCUCGCCUUCUUCCUUGUUAUCCUGCUCGGGAAGUUGCUCAAGAAGGUGUUCUUCGGAUCCCUCAGGACAGCAGAGUUUGAGCACUUGGUGGAGCGGUCCUUCUACGCCGUCACCGAAACCUGCCUUGCCUUCACUGUGUUCCGGGACGACUUCUCCCCCAAGUUUGUGGCGCUGUUCACGGUGCUGCUGUUCCUGAAGGCCUUCCACUGGCUGGCCGACUACCGUGUGGACUUCAUGGAGCGCUCGCCAGUCAUCACCAUCCUCUUCCACACCAGAGUCACCUCCCUGCUGCUGCUGUUGAGUCUGCUGGACAUGGUGUUGGUGAACCACGCUUACCACUCCACCAUCACGCGCGGCGCCUCGGUCCAGCUGGUCUUCGGCUUUGAGUACGCCAUCCUGCUGACGGUGGCCAUCAAUAUCGCCGUCAAGUACAUCUGUCACACAGUGGACUUACAGUCGGAGAACCCCUGGGAGAACAAGGCCAUGUAUCUCCUCUACACGGAGCUCAUCAUGGGCUUCUUCAAGGUGAUGCUCUACAUUGUGUUCCUGGUAAUCAUGAUCCGCAUCCAUACCUUCCCUCUCUUCAUCAUCAGACCCAUGUACCUGACUAUGAGAUCCUUCAAACGAGCACUGAACGAUGUGGUGCUGUCUCGACGUGCCAUCAGUAACAUGAACACCCUCUACCCCAAUGCCACGGCCGAGGAGCUCACGGCCGUCGACAAUGUGUGCAUCAUCUGCCGCGAGGAGAUGCUGACAGGUGCCAAGAAGCUUCCCUGCGGCCACAUCUUCCACGCCUCCUGCCUGCGGUCCUGGUUCCAGCGGCAGCAGACUUGCCCCACCUGCCGCAUGGACAUCCUUCGCCAGCCGCCACCCAAUGGGCCCCUCGGACAGGCCGCCCCACAACCCCAGGCACCCCGGCCCCAGCCCCAGCAGCAGCCCCAGCCCCCGCCACAGCCUCAGCCCCAGCCCCAGCCACAGGGACCGCAACAGAUACAAAAUCCCUUUGAGAGGCUGUAUGGGGGCUUCCCAAUGCCUCUGGGGCCCAUGCCUGGAGGAAUGCCGCCUUUCCCCUUCGCUGCACAGCCACAGCCCCAACAGCAGCAGCCAGCCACCACCACUCAAGCCACAGGUGAUGGCGGCAGCAGCAGCAGUACAAGCCCCACCAGCAACACCACCAGCAGCACCACCAGCAGUAGUAGUAGUAGCAGCUCCACCACCUCCACCACCACCACUACCACCACCAGCAUGCCGGCCCCACCUCUCGGGAUGAUGCCGCCCUUCUUCCCCUUCCUUCCCUUCAACAUUCCUCCCCCUCGGCCGCCGCCCAACUUCUCGGCCAUGUCGGAGGAGGAGGUGCGCCGCAUGGAGGGCUCUGAGCGGCAACACGUGGAGGCGCGGAUUAGGGUGCUGCGGAACAUCCAGACCCUGCUUGAUGCUGCUGUUGUGCAGAUGAACCAGUAUGCCUCCGUGGUGGCCUCCCUCGACAUGACUACUGCUGCUGCUUCCACUGCUACUACCACGACUGCUACUGCUGGGGGGGAAGCUGCCUCAUCCACCAGGAGCCACCCUACUUCUACUUCCAGUACAGACCCAGCGCAGCAGCAAACUGAGAGAGAGACCUUGACACCAGAAGCCUCUCCCAUACCUCCCAAAGCCCCUGAGCCAGAGCCAUCAACCUCAGAGAGCCAGGGUGCAACAGCCCAGUCGGAGGAGAAGAAUGCACCCACCAGUACGACCCCAGAAAAGUCACUCGAGUCAUCGCCAACUCAGCAGGCGGAAGGAGAUGACCCACAGGAGGAGAUCAGAAGGAGACGGCUGGAAAGGUUCUCUUAAGGGGGUUGAGUGGGAGUGGGAGUGUAUAUACAUUGUCCUCCACUCCCCUCUCAAACUUUCAAUGUACCUAGUUCCACCUUUUGUUUUUCCGAAAGGAAGCUACUUAUUUUUUUCUUUCUUCUUGUGUUUAGCAUUGUUGAAAGAGACGUAUUCCCUUUUUGUUUUCACGUUUAAACUAUGUAAGAAAGUGUUAUGUUAUCCUAUAUGCUCAUGUAUGUAUUCCCAAAAGUGGCUGACAUGAAGCAUUUAAACUAGGAGACUUUGAUGGGUGUGACUGUGUGUGUGUGUGUGUGUUUUGUGCACUCCCCUUGAGGCCCUUGGAAUAUGCUCUCAGGGACUGGACUGGAUGGAACGGUAUAAAAAAUAUCAUGCUUUCUCUUUGUCAUUAUUAGUUUUUUGGCACAGACUUUUUAUUGUUCACUCACCUUGCAAGAUGGGGAAGAGCAGACAAGGGAUUAUUGUCUAUAUGGCUGUGUAUGUGUGAUGGUUGCAUGUGUGUGUGAGGGAAUUCUAGUUAUAUUUCUAAAGACCUUUGUAUAUGAUCUGUGUGUGAGUACAUGAAAGAAUUGCUUGCAUCAGAAGGCCUUUGUUGUAUAUGAGGGCAUGCAAUGUUUGUGUGUGUAUGUGUGAGGGAAAAUGUAUAUACAGUUCUCAAGGCCUUUCUGUAUUGCCAUGAUGAGGGAGUGAAUUAAGAGUUCUUGUUAUGUCUGAAUGCCUUUCCUAAGAGAGGGGGAGAGAGCCACAUUGAUUCUACUCUGCCAUGAAAGAGUUUGAAGUUUGUUGAAUGCAGGUGUUUGUGAGUGGCUGGCCAGCUGCAUCUAAAAGGGUAAAAAAAAAUUAAAAUGGACAAAAGGGAUUAUUCAUAUUGAGUUGCUUCUUUUUGGGGAGGGAAAAAAGGUUUAUUAGAUGUUGGGAAAUGAGUAAAAAAAUAUACAAUCUCAGUGAA